CUUGAAUACCAAUAAGCUUUUUGCAAAAAUUGACUGAAUUUGAAACUGAACAAAGCCCGUCAACUUAAGCAGUCUUUCUGAAAAUCUAGUCAUAAGAUUUUCCAAUAUUUUAGUACCUCCCAAUCGACCAAUCAAAGCGCCCCUGAAACUCACUAUCAGGGGCGCUUACCAACCAACUAUAUCCAGUUAUGGUACGUUCCCUACUCCAUUUGGGACCAGAGUCCAACUACGGACCACAAAUGAUGUAUGUGCUAUGCGGCUUACAGGGGGACUAAGUGCUAUGGGUGAUAUGCUAAUGCGGGAUUCACGCCACUCUUCUGGAAUUCCUGAAUAUCAUGGGGCGAUUCCUUCGAGUAGCUUUCGAACACCAUAGGCCAGGUUUAUUGGCCUUGUUGUGGCGAUUCAGACACUGGCUGGCACAAGAAGUAGAUAGAAGUAUUGGCCAAGGCACGGCGCCCCAUUCGCCGUUCGAUAAAGAUCUUAAUGAGAUAAGAUUGAGCGCAAAUCGGGGCGAAAUGGCAGUGGCGCUUAUCAGGCCGAUAAUUACGGCUGAGCAAAGCCCCCGAAAAUCGCCUUGAUGGAUUGAUCCAUCCGGAAUGGUUGGGCAGUGGGGCAGGGGGGCUGGGGGCUGCUCCCAAAUCUGCGCUCGAUAAUUAGCAUUAAGGUUUUAUAAUGGAUUUUGAUUGAUUGCCGUGGCCGUUGGCGUAAAUUUGCUGGCGCGCUGGGUCACUUGGGGCAGCCGCCCAAGCGUUUCGCCAGUAGAGUUCCGCCAGCAUGUCGCAACAGAAGCAAAAGUCACAGGAGUCCAAUCCCAACGCCAGGUGGCGCCUGGAAGGACACCACCGAAGUGCGCUAGCCUGCUUCUUCGGUGAAUUUGUGGCGACGGCCGUCUUCGUCUUCAUCGCCUGCAUGGGCUGCGUGGAGACGCCCCUCUUCCAGAACUCGCACUUCCGCAGUGGCCUCACCUUCGGCCUGGCCAUCCUCAUUGCCAUCCAGUGCUUCGGCUCCGUCUCCGGCGCCCAUCUGAAUCCGGCCAUCACCCUGGCCGCCUGGCUGUACGGCGUGAUCGGCUGGAUCAGGGCCAUCGCUUACUUCGUGGCCCAGGCUGCAGGGGCCCUGAUCGGCUAUGGCAUCCUGGUGGCUGUGCUGCCGGAGAGCGCCAUCAAGGGAGUGGACAACCCGGCGGGUGUUUGCGUGACAGUUCUGGCCUCCGGCAUCAGCGAACUGCAGGGCGUCUUCAUCGAGUUCCUCAUCACCUGCUGCCUGGUCAUGGUGGCCUGUUCGGUGUGGGAUCCGCGCAACGCCAAGCUCCAGGACUCCGUGCCCGUGAGAUUCGGUCUCACCGUCUCCUGCCUGAUCCUCACAGCGGGCCUCUUCACGGGAGCCAGCAUGAAUCCGACCAGGUCCCUGGGUCCCGCUGUGUGGAACGACUCCUGGGAGCACCACUGGAUCUACUGGGUGGGUCCCUUGGUGGCGGGAGCUGUGACCUCGCUGAUCUAUCGCAUGGCUUUCAAGGGCGACGAGGAGAUCGAUCUGAGCAGUUCCGAUGCCAAGAUACGAAUGAUCGGCGAGGUGGUGGUAGUGCAACUAGUAUCUAUAACCCACAACUUGAGAGCCACUUGUACUUACAUGGGAUUAUCCUCUCUAUUCCGCAGCGGAUCCAACUGCUGGCUGCUGCAGCGCCGCCAGCUGGACAACAUCACCACAGUUCUUGCCGAGAUGAUAGCCACCGCCAUGCUGAUGUUCCUUGGAUGCAUGGGCUGCGUCCAGAACUCCGUGUUCACCAACUCGAACUUCCAGAGCGCCGUGAACUUUGGCUUCGUGGUGCUGAUCUGCAUCCAGUGCUUCGGCUGUGUGUGUGGUGCUCACCUGAAUCCCGCCGUCACCCUGGCCACCUAUGUGUACAACAUGAUCUCCCUGCCCAUGGCUGUGGCCUACUUUGUGGCCCAGAUGGUGGGCGCCUUCAUUGGAUACGGCCUGCUGAAGGCGGUGCUCCCGGAGAACGCCAUCUACAGCACGGACACCCCCAAUGGGGUGUGCCUCACGUCGCUCAACAGCACGUUGACCCCUUGGCAGGGCCUGGCCGUGGAGUUCCUGAUCACCUGCGUCCUCAUCUCCAUCUGCUGCGGCGUCUGGGAUCCCCGCAAUGCCACCAAGCAGGACUCGGUGCCAGUGCGAUUUGGACUGGCCAUCGCAUGCCUGUCGCUUACAGCGGGCCAACUGACUGGAGCUAGUAUGAAUCCAGCGCGAUCCUUCGCACCUGCGAUCUGGAACGGAGCCUGGGACGACCACUGGAUCUACUGGGUGGGUCCCAUGGCGGCGGCCCUGGUCACCUCGGUGAUCUACAAGCACGCCUUCCGGCGGGAGCUGGAGGAGUCGGAGGUGGACGAGACCACGAUGUCCACCAAGCGAACCUCGGAGGCGGAGCUCGCCUAGAUUGAUGUACUGCCCAUAGGACAAGUUAUCGUUUAAGUUCGUGUGAGUUGAAAGCGGUUAGUUUUAAGUGCGAAGCGUGCAAAUAAAUACCUUAUAUGAAUUCCUA